AUGAUUAACCACUUCCCAGGAGAAAGUCGACAAUAUCGAAGUUCGGACACUAUAGUCGAUGGAAAUUAUCGCCAGUAUCCACAGGAUAUCCUUAACAAAUUGAACUCAUUGGGAUUACCUAUGCAUAGGAUCUCACUGAAAAAGUACUGUCCUAUAAUGUUCCUACGAAAUUUUGACCCUGCCAAUGGACAUUGCAAUGGAACAAGAUACACCAUCACACAACUCAAUUCUCACGUCAUCGAGGCAGUAAUAGCAAUUGGCCCUCACAGUGGUAAGCACCUGUUCAUACCUCAGAUACCACUGGUACCCUCCGACAACCACUUUCCCUUCCAAUUACGAUGCAGGCAGUUUCCUAUCAAACAGGCCUUCUCAUUCACAGGUAACAAGUCUCAGGGCCAGACUUUAGAUCGAGUUGGUGUGUUUUUGCGCACUCCGAUGUUUACUCUCGGCCAGUUGUAUGUCGCUAUGAGCAGAGUAACGGACUCAGCUAAUUUGAAAAUUAGUGUUGAUCAAACACAAAAUAUCGUUUACAAAGAAGUUUUGUAA